CCGGACGUUGUGAGUGUGACUGUGUUUGUCUCUGUCUGCCGGUGCAGGAUGUCCUCACAGCGCCGCUCAGCUCAGCGGGGCCGCCACACAGCGGAUGCGGAGUCCGGGAUGUGGUCCGUGUCGCUGCCUUUUGUGCGGCUUCGGUGCUCCCGUUUGAGUCGCAGUUUCCAGCCGAAACAACACGCAGAAAUACGCGUCGUUCACGGGGAGGAAACGAAUUGCGCUUCGGUUAUGAGCGAGCGUGGAAGCUGCGGACGGCGGAGAGUCGGGGGGAAGUGAAAUUUGGAGCGUUUGGGGGCACUUUGGGUUGGAAACGCUCGGCUCUUUGUGCUGCAGGUUGCAGCUUUUUCCCUUUGGAUUGAAAGGCCUCCAAGAUAGAUUCCCUCAGGAGUAAAGUGGACUUGCUGCGCCUCCCUCUGGCCCUCUCCUCCAAGUCCAUCAGCAGUCGCAAGAGUCAGCUGGGCGUGAUCUGGGAGAAAGGCGGCGGCUCGGGGGCAGGAGGGGCCGGGAAACCCCGACCACCGCCGGCCUCCGACAUGGACAACGAGUCCAUGUACUCGGGCUACUCGUACAAGUCGUCCCACUCGCGAAGCUCCCGCAAACACAGAGAGAGGAGGGACAGGCAUCGCUCCAAGAGCCGCGACAUCAGCAUCCGCGGAGACAAAUCGGUCACCAUCCAGACUCCUGCAGAGUCGCUGCUGGACGCAGAGUCCACCAGAGGAGACGACAGGGAUGACGACUGGGGCGAGACCACCACAGUGGUCACCGGCACCUCUGUGGACAGCAUCUCCAACGAGGACCUGACACGGAUCUCUAAGGACCUUGAGGAUUCUUCGCCGCUGGAGUGCCGCCGUUACCUCGGGCCGGCGGUGGCUGCUGUCCUGGGGCUCUUUGCUCUGGUCACUCCUCUGGCCUUCUUGGCACUCCCACAGCUCCUGUGGCGAGAUACGCUGGAAACCUGUGGCACACCAUGUGAGGGUCUUUACAUUUCUCUGGCCUUCAAGCUCCUGAUCCUCCUCAUGUCCACCUGGGCGCUGUUUCUCCGCCCGUCCAGAGCCGCUCUGCCUCGCUUUUUCAUCUUCCGCUGUCUGCUGCUGGCAUUGGUCUUCCUCUUUGUGGCAUCUUAUUGGCUCUUCUAUGGGGUGCGGGUGCUGGAGCCCAGGGAGACGGACUACAGGGGGAUUGUGGGAUAUGCAGCUUCUCUGGUGGACGCGCUGCUGUUCAUUCAGUAUCUGGCGCUGGUGCUGCUGGAGGUCAGACAUCUGCAGCCGGCUUUCUGUCUGAAGGUCGUGAGGACCACAGACGGAGCGAGUCGCUUCUACAACGUGGGUUAUCUCAGCAUUCAGCGGGCAGCAGUGUGGGUUCUGGACCAGUACUACAGCGACUUCCCAGUCUACAACCCUGCCCUGCUCAACCUGCCUAAGUCCAUCCUCUCCAAGAAGAUGUCUGCCUUCAAGAUUUACAGCUUGGGGGAAGAGAACGGCACCAAUAACUCCACAGGGCAGUCCAGAACCACGAUUGCAGCUGCUCCUCGGAGAAGAGACAACUCCCACAAUGAGUACUACUAUGAGGAGGCAGAGAUGGAGCGGAGGGUCCGCAAACGCAAGGCCAGACUGGUGGUUGCAGUAGAGGAAGCCUUCACCCACAUCAAGCGUCACCAGGAAGAAGAGGCCGCGUCCUCCCCCAAACACCCGCGGGAGGUGAUGGACCCCAGGGAGGCGGCUCAAGCCAUCUUUGCUCCGAUGGCGCGGGCCAUGCAGAAGUACCUCCGCGCCACCAGGCAGCAGACCUACCACAGCAUGGAGAGCAUCAUCAACCACCUGCAGUUCUGCAUCACACACAACAUGACCCCCAAGGCUUUCCUUGAACGCUACCUCAGCCCAGGUCCCACGCUCCAGUACCUGGACACCAGCCGGGGCCGCCAGUGGACACUCGUGAGUGAGGAGGCGGUGACAGCCCCUCUGCGCCAAGGCCAGGUCUUCUCUCUGAGACGCCUCGACUUCUCCCUGGUCGUCACGGUGACACCCCUCCCCUUCCUACGCCUGGGAGAAGAGUUCAUCGACCCUAAAAGCCACAAGUUUGUCAUGAAACUGCAGUCAGAGACGUCGGUUUAGGAGGAGGCGGAUGAGUAAUGAGGAGGAGGAGGAUGAAUCAAAGAUAUUAAUCUUAGUGCUUUCAGGGUGUCAUUUUAUACUUUAUCAUGUAGCUAUUUUUCCUAGUUUUUUAUUUGUUGAUAAGCAUGAUACCCAAAAAUGCUCCCAAAAGUGGUUGUGGAUAAAAUACCAGUCAGAAAACACCAGACAUCAGAAAUCCCCCACGUCUGAUUUUGUUCCUCUUCUGAGUUCUGCUGAGUUGUCAUUACAUUAGAAACUUGUUUCUGCUAACAUUUGAUAAUUCACCACAGACUGCUUUCAGUUACACUGAGGAAGUAGGGCCGACCUUUUUAGUAGUAUUUUUGAAUUGGAUUGAAUUCCUUGGAUUUUGUUAUUUAUGAAACAUGUAUUCAAGACACUACGCCCACGUUGGAGAUGAAGUUCAUGUCCUUUCAGUGAAGGAAUUCUGUACAGCUGACCUUUUGGGGCUUCAUAAUUGCUCACUCUUCGUCAGAACUCUUAUUUUACUUCUCUUUUCUCGUUUACUUGAACUUCUGGUUUAUUGUUCUUGUUUACUGUUUAUUACCAUGGAGUUUGAACUGAAGCUGAAGAAGUCUAGCACAACACAGCCAAGUACCAUUAGUGUGUUUCUAUUUUGGCAGCUUUUGGUUUAUUACUGUCUUAGACGUUUUGCAAAGUUCAGUCAGAGAUGUAGGUGUGUUAUGUUCGUAGGGGUUAACGCCGCGAGGUGUUAGCGGGCUACAGACGUCUAAUAUGCUCACUUAUUUCCAACCCCACAUCUCCAGAUUUUUUUCCAGAUGUGCACUCUUCAGCCCAGACUGACACUGACAUCACUUGAGACAUUUAGCAAGCGAAAAGUGUGAAGUUUCUUAAAACAAUUAAUUGUUCACAAUAGUUGCUGAUUAAUUUUCUGUUGAACUAACUGACUGAUUGAUCCACUUCUAGAGCACUAGCUGAGAAGUAAGGACGCUGCCGUAUACACUGGGGGUCAGUGGGGCCCCCCAGCAGGUUAAUCCGGCCGUGGGUCAAUACAGGUGUAGAUUUGUGUGUCUUUGUCACUCAGAAAUGUCCUUUUUACGCUGCAUAGAUAGACUAGUCGUGCCACUGACAAGCAGUUUACAUGUACAUUUCAAUGCAGUUCUCUAAAGUGGUAAAUAUUGAAUAUACAUAUUGUAGUCAAUAUAAGCUCCUAACAUUUGACACUAAAGAACACUGUCUUUAAAAGCAGGACUGUUGUUGACUGUUACACUGUGUUUUUUUAUGACUGAGAUGAGGUGAUGUAAAAGGUUUUUAAUAAAUUUUGUCCCAUGACUUUCUGUUUUUGGGAAAGGAA